ACAAAAUCUGUGGAACUGCCGGUCGUCACCAGAGAGGGAGAGGGAAAGAGAGAGAGAGAGAGUAGAGAGAGAGAAUGGUGGCACAUUUGGGAGUGAAUUCUCUCGGCUCUUGCUUUCCUUCUUUGCCUCGUCAUCGUCAACCCUCUUUCACCAAACACAAACCAUUUGCAGUAGCAGCAAUGAGCGAUGAUCCAAUCCGUGAAUGGAUUUUAUCAGAAGGAAAGGCAUCACAAAUUACGAGGAUCAGUCCUGUUGGUGGUGGUUGCAUCAAUAAUGCCAGUCGUUAUGACACCGAUGCCGGUUCUUUCUUUGUUAAACAAAACAGGGGGAUUGGACAAUCAAUGUUUCAAGGAGAGGCUUUGGGUUUAAGUGCUAUGUAUGAAACCAAAGCAAUCCGUGUGCCUAGACCAUUUAAGGUCGGAGCCCUACCAACAGGUGGUUCAUACAUCAUUAUGGAAUUUAUUGAAUUUGGUUCAUUCAGAGGUGAUCAGUCUGUUUUAGGGAGGCAGCUCGCUGAAAUGCAUAAAGCAGGGAAAUCCGAAAAAGGUUUUGGAUUUGAUGUUGAUAAUACCAUUGGCAGUACUCCACAGAUAAACACUUGGACAUCAGAUUGGAUUGAGUUUUUUGCCGAGCAUAGAUUGGUUUACCAACUGAAGUUGGCACGAGAACAAUAUGGCGAUUCAACCAUUUAUGAAAAAGGACAAAGACUGGCGAAGAAUAUGGCUCCUCUCUUUGAAAAUGUUGUAAUAGAGCCAUGCUUGUUACAUGGAGACUUAUGGAGUGGGAAUGUCAGCUCUGACAAGAAUGGCGAGCCUGUUAUACUUGACCCAGCAUGUUACUAUGGACAUAAUGAGGCAGAAUUUGGAAUGUCGUGGUGUGCUGGAUUUAGAGGAACUUUCUACAAUGCCUAUUUUGAGGUGAUGCCCAAACAACCAGGUUUUGAGCAGAGGAGAGAUCUUUAUAUGCUGUAUCAUUACUUGAAUCACUACAAUCUAUUUGGUUCCGGUUACCGGUCAUCUGCCAUGUCCAUAAUUGAUGAUUAUCUUCGGAUGUUAAAAGCUUAGUCACCCAAGAGUUUGUACAUUUCUUGUAGAUGUUCACUUUAGAUGCUCAAGUGUGUAUGUAUAUGUUCUUUUUGCUGAAUUUCUGUGAAUUUUUGUGAUUAUUGAUCUAAAUAAUGCCAAAUUUUCAUUAUAGGGUUA